AGUGUUUUCCUCCGGGAUGGUGCUGUGGACGUGGCUGUUUGGAGAAGCCGCGGUGGGCGCUGCAGUCGGCGGAUGAUCGCAGCCCUGAGCUCAGCAGCAGCAGCAGCAGAGUGUGGAGGAGCCCUGCGCCGCCGCCUGCCCUCAUCGAGCCCGCCUGGAUGGCAGGGACACCCCGGUGCGGGGACAGCCGAAUUCACAAGCUUUACUGGUUGCAAGUGCUCUUCGGACCGUGGGACGGAUGGAAGGUGGAAGCUGUCGGAGGCCCCACUGGGCUGUAGCUGCUCUGUUUAUCCCGGUUACUCUGCUGAUGCUGACCUCCACGGGGGCAUCAAGCAGACAGAAUAUGGCACAAACCGCGAUGGCUCAUGCAACCGCCACGGCUGCGGGACCAGGCCACAGCUUGACAGAUGACCUCCCAGGCCUCCAGGCGGUAGCAGCCUUCAUAGCCAGUGAACACGCUCAUGUUUGGCUCCUGUCCCUGGUGGGCUCUGUUGCUGUAGGCCUCAGCGGGAUUUUCCCCCUGCUUGUCAUUCCCAUCGAGGCCGGAGCAGCCCUCAAAACUGAAGCUGGAUGCCAGAAGCUCAAGCAGCUGUUAAGCUUUGCAAUUGGUGGUCUCCUUGGCGAUGUUUUUCUUCACCUCCUUCCUGAGGCGUGGGCGCUCUCUGGCUCUUCAGGUAGUAAACAUAACCACUACAAGACCCAGGGCUGGUGGGUAAUCGUCGGCCUGUUGGCGUUCCUGGUCCUGGAGAAGAUGUUUCCAGGCCGAGACAGCCAUGAAGAUCCCACUCCAGACUCGGACCUUAAUUCUAAUACUCCUGCACAGUCUAAUUCAGUUUUCGGUGAAAAAGCAGUGGUAUCACUCCGAAACGGGCACCAUGCUGAGUCAUGGAAAUCCUCCAAGCAACAGAGUCUGCAGGAAAGAUCAAGGAAAAUAAAGACAAGUGGAUACCUGAACCUACUGGCCAACUGCAUCGACAACUUCACUCAUGGACUGGCAGUAGCAGGAAGUUUCCUGGUCAGCAAAAAGGUUGGGUGUCUCACCACCUUUGCCAUCCUGCUCCAUGAAAUCCCCCACGAGGUGGGAGACUUUGCCAUCCUGCUGAGGGCCGGGUUCGACCGAUGGAGUGCUGCUCGCAUGCAGCUGUCCACAGCGCUGGUCGGGGUCUUGGGGGCUUGCUUUGCUCUGUGCACUCAGUCACCUAAAGGCACAGAAAAUGCCACAGCCUGGAUUUUGCCUUUCACCUCUGGGGGUUUUCUCUACAUCGCCCUGGUGAACGUGAUGCCUGACCUGCUGCAGGAGACCAGUUUAAGACACACUCUAGUGCAGAUCCUGCUCAUUUUCUGUGGCGUGGCGGUCAUGGCUCUGCUUUCUGCGAUUGUCGACUGAACACGGAGGCCUUACCAAAGACUAAAUCUCACCACUAGAGAGAAAUCCCGUUCUCCACAGACCCCUCACAUCUGGUACCUACCAUGCUUAGAAACCUUUUGUCUAAGACACUACACCUCUUUGAUAUCACCUUAAUGUUACACUACAACAAAAUGUCCGACAAAAGAACAGCACUUUAUGGAUGGAUGACUUAGCGGGCGACCUCGAUCUGCUGACAGGACAUUUUUGUGGACACUUCAGACUGUGCCAGACGUAAAUAUCAAGGGAAUUCAGAGGGUUUGUGUGGAAAUCUGUUACCAAAUUCUUUUCUAUUGUCGACAAUCGUAUUGUUUUGCACAUUUACACAUGUAAACCUGAUGUACCUGCUCAACAGACCGGGUGUUAUUGGACCUCCUUCUUAAAAUCAUUGAACCCUAAAUAGUUUAAACAGUAUUUAAACAGAUUGUUGUGCUUCCUCGAUUUCUGAUGUAGCUGCUGCCUAUUUAUUGAAAAGAAAAGAGACACGCAACUGGGUUUUAUAAGAGUUAUGCCAGAACCACCAUGCCAUAAUCUGUGUCUUGUCAAGAAAGAAGUGCCAAGAAGUCAGGACGGGCUGUUCCAUAAGUGUCGGCUCUACACCAAAGUACAGUUUUCCAGUUGUAUCACCCUCACUCAGAGCAGUCUGCACCGGCUCAAGUUGAUGCUCACACGAAGCUCUGCUUGAAUCAAUGAUUGUGAUAAAGUUGCAGAUUGCUACUGUUUGUAUAGAGUAUCCAGUUUUGACUUAUAGUUGUUAUAGUCAUGGAACAUACAACAGUUAUUAACCACAAAGGCUUAUUCACGUCAUGUUUUAUCAUUAAAAUAUUUGUUGACUCACCUCCUGGUGAAAGUUUCCACUCCUGAAUAAAUAAAAUGUAAAUUUCUCUAUAA